AUGAAGUUGGUACGUUUCUUGAUGAAAUUGAUCCACGAAUCAGUUACAAUCGAGCUGAAAAAUGGGACCUUGGUGCAAGGCGGCAUCAUUGGUGUGGACGUUGCCAUGAAUAUGCACCUGCGUUCCGUGAAGAUGUCGCUGAAAAAUAAGGAUCCCAUCAAUCUUGACUCUCUUUCCAUCAGAGGUGAGCCUUGAGU